AUGUCUGACGGAGAGUUCGAGAACACUGGAUCGGGUGCUUCCCUGACGGUCCCUUCCCAGGCUUCGGGCAUCAAGAAGAACGGCUACAUGAUCAUCAAGGGCCGUCCCUGCAAGGUCGUCGAUUGCUCGACCUCGAAGACUGGCAAGCACGGCUCGGCCAAGGUCCACUUCACCGCCAUUGACAUCUUCAACGGCAAGAAGUACGAGGAGAUCUCGCCCUCGACCCACACCCUCCAGGUGCCCAUCAUCAACCGUCAGGAGUACACCCUCGUCGACGUCGACCAGGAUGGCUUCGUCUCCCUCAUGUCCGCUGAUGGCUCCACCACCAAGGAGGACAUCAAGCUCCCCGCUGAUGAGCCUGAGAUUUCCCAGAAGAUCAAGGAUGCUGUCGAGAACGGUGUGGACAUGAUCGUCGCUGUCCUCUCUGCCAUGGGUGAGGAGAAGAUUGUCGCCGCCAAGGAGUCCAACUAA